ACCAGCCUGUUCCCUAUUGUGGUUUGGCAAAUUCAAAUACGAUAUGCGCUGCGAACGACCGGGACCUCAAUAAAAUGUGAACGGAACGACAGAAUCAAACCAUGAAUAAGCCUGAUGAUUCUGUCGUUGGUAUCCCUCAAUGCUUUCCUCGUUAGAGCUGUUCCGAAAAGCUGUCUGUUCGAAAAUACCCAGCCUUUGACGUUUGCAACUCAGAGUUGUAGGUGGUGGUGGCGGAGGUGCGACAGGGAUGUGCAAAUGGUAGCUGAUGUGCUUAAUUUAAGAAAUGGGAAUUUUGAAAUAAAUUUAGGGUUUUUGAUUGGAAAAUUUCUAAUUUUGACAUCGCCGAUGUGCGAGCGGUGGCUUUAUUGUAGUUCUCAUCUCUCCACUAUCUAAGAACGCUUCUUUAUCUUUCACAUCCACUCUCUCUCACUUAUUUUGCAGGUUCUACAUUCAGCUAAUGGAGAGCAAAGAUGAAAGUUGCUGUCCCAUUUCUACAAAUAUCAUAAUUAGCCUUGUUUUUAUUGCAAUGGUUCGAAUUUUCUAUGUCAUUUAUCGAAGUGGCAAACCGUUGCGCCCUAAAUCCCCAAAGCCAAUGAGUACUUUGAUUGUUUUGGGCUCCGGGGGACACACUGCGGAGAUGAUUAAUGUGCUGUCUGUGUUGCAGAAGGAUUGGUUUACACCUAGAUUUUAUAUUGCUGCUGCCACUGAUAAUAUGAGUCUCCAAAAAGCUCGGGUCUUGGAGGACUCAUUAAUUGAUACGACUGGGGACAAGGUGGUCUCUGCAAAGUUUAUGCAGAUCUACAGAAGCCGGGAAGUUGGUCAGUCGUAUAUAACUUCCAUCGGGACAACUUUAAUAGCUGUAGCUCAUGCUCUGUGUCUAAUGAUUAAAAUCAGACCUCAAGUGAUUCUUUGCAAUGGCCCUGGAACUUGCGUGCCUCUUUGCAUCAUUGCAUUUUUAUUCAAGGUGGUAGGAAUUAGGUGGUCAUCUAUUUUUUAUGUUGAGAGUAUAGCAAGAGUAAAAAGAUUAUCUUUAAGUGGUUUGCUUCUCUACAAGUUGCGGAUAGCUGAUCAAUUUGUCGUGCAAUGGCCUCAACUACAGCGAAAAUAUCCUCGAGCUCAGCAUGUUGGUCGUCUCAUGUAGUCCACCUCCGCGUUUUCUCAAUUUAAUUUACAAUUUUCAAGUCAUAGUUUUGAAUGGUUUCUAUUCAUGUUCCCAAACUCCAGUCACGCAUGAUAAGCCCAAUCAUUUUAUCCACUGUUAAUGCCCAGGAGAUAGAGAAAGGGAGAAUAAUUGCCAUAAAGUUAUGAUUAUUGCAUAAAUUUGUUGUUUAAACACUUAACAGAUGGAUUGAAUUUUAACUCCCAUCAAUGUAAAUUUAUAUGAAUGGUUAUUUUCGUUUCUCUAAA